UUUCCUUUCUUUUUUUUUUGUGCAUGUUAAGUGUUCUUUGCUCUUUCCUGUCUGAGGCAAUUGGUUGUUUCUAAAGCACUGUGUGUGAAGAGGAAGCGAUGACGUUAAAUAGCACCACUAUUUAAAAGAUGUUAAUGAUAAGGACACUUCUGAGACGCUGAGACAAAACUGAUUCUACAGGCUAUAUUUGCGCUAAGGAGCUCGUCUGCGGACAAGAUUAAAGGCAAUUGAGCAUAUACGAGAAACAUCACUGUUAACUCUGAACCAAAUGGCCACUCCUGUUCCUGCAAAUUCCUCAUCCCUAUCUGGACCAGCUCGGUCCUCCAUCUCACCCGCCUUGCCUUCCACAGCAUCCCUGCCCCUGUCCCAUCAGAUCGGGAUCUCUAUCCUGGUCAUUGCCUUCGUGUUUGGGUUCCCCGGGAACCUGUUUGUGGUGUGGUCGGUUCUGUGUCGAGUGCGACGCCGCUCUGUCACCUGUCUGCUGAUCCUGAAUCUGGCCGUGGCGGAUGCGCUGGUUCUCCUGAGCGCUCCGCUGUUCAUCCGCUUCCUGGUGAAUCGACUACACUGGGAGUUUGGGGCCACCAUGUGUAAGACGGUCCAUUACCUGUGCUGUGUCAACAUGUUCGCUUCCAUCUACCUGAUCUGUCUGAUGAGCAUGGACCGCUGGCUGGCCGUCACAAAGCCGUUUCUGUCUCAGAGGUUGAGGACCAAGAAAAGGAUCCUGUCCAUCAUGUUGGGCAUCUGGGUGAUUGCUUUUCUUAUGGCUUUGCCCAUGCCGUUCUAUCGUACUGUGAAGCAAUUCCAUCAAAGGUUGCAUGUGUGUAUGCCGUACCAUUGGGAGAGUGACUCUCAUGAAAUCUUUCAGUACCUUUUUGAGACUAUCGUGGGUUUCCUGCUGCCCUUCACCUUCAUCCUGUUCUGCUACAUCUCAGUGAUCUGUCGGCUGCGCAGCGCAAUGUUCCAGCGCAAAGGAAGAGGAAACGCCCUCAUCCUCCUCAUCAUCGUUGCAUUUGCCGUCUUCUGGCUGCCGUAUCACCUCAUCAACAUCCUACAGGUGAUUGGUGUAAUCCAGGGCGGCUCCUCUUCUGUUUUAAAAGCGGCGAAAGUGGCCCGUCCCAAUGUGACAGCGUUCGCCUUCAUGAGCAGCAGUGUGAACCCCGUCCUGUAUGUGUUUGCUGGCAGCUCUCACAUCCGUCAGGCUGGUCUGGGCUUCAUGGCCAAACUCUUUGAAGGAACCAACUCUGAGUCGGCCUCCACCCGCAGCAGUCGCGGCUCUAAUGCAGAGAGCUCUGUUUUCACCAAGCUGUCCGUCAAACUGAGUCGUAAAGGGGACUGGGCGAGAGACGAGACCCCUGGUGGUGAAGACGAGACCAUGGCAGGCGUACAGAACAGAAAUGAGAUGAAGACUCUGACCACCCUGCAUUAAAGUGCUCAUAUCUAUUCUCCAUUUAUAAUGCUAGAAAAUGUUGCUGGACUCCCAGUAUCCCAACUGAAAUAUCAUCUUCUGCUGCUGCUGUUUCAGAAUAUAUGUCUUAUUUUCUCAGUCUAAAAACUUGAUUGAAAUGUGAGAAUUAAAAUAUUGUCAUUUUGUUUUAGAAGAUUUUCUUUGUGAAAAAUUCUCAUUUUGUUUUGUUUCAUACUCCUGCCGUUUACUGUGUGUUUUUGUUAGCUUGUUUCUAAAAUAUGAAUAUGUUUGCAUGUGAACACAUCCUCGUUCAUUUGCUUAUAUCUACAUGACAUUUAGCUGUUCAGGCUGGACUGUAUUUACAUCUCUGACGUGAAAUAGAAGGACAGUGAGUGUCUUGUUUGUUACUCCGUAGUUUUUUAGUUUGUCUCCUAAAAACAAACAAUGAAUAAAAAUAGCCA